AUGAAAUUGCAACUGAAACCCGGGCUGGAGAUCGAGCUGUGUCAUAUGGUCGUGGACUGCUGCGCAGAGACGCGUACGUACGAGAAGUUUUUCGGCCUUCUGGCCGGUCGACUUUGCGCCAUCAACAAGAUGUACAUAACGCCGUUCGAGCAGAUCUUCAAGGACGCGUAUCACACGAUACACCGCCUCGACACCAACAAGCUGCGGAAUGUGUCCAAGUUCUUUGCACAUUUACUGUUCACGGACUCCAUAUCGUGGAGCGUGCUGUCGUGCGUAAAAACUGAACGAGGAGGACACCACGAGUUCCAACAGAAUAUUUAUCAAGAUCUUGUUUUAAGAGCUCUCGGAGUACAUGGGUCUGGCAAAGCUGAACGAGCGG